AUGCCAGCGGCCAGCACCGCCGUGCGCUACGAGCGCCCACCACCCAAGGAGCAAAUCCUGGUAGUAGACGCCUGGGGCUUCGCACCGCCGCCGCCGCCGGACCCCGCAGAAGAAGCGGCCGACGAAUUAAUAAGGGAAGCCGUGGCCCUCGCCGCGCGGGACGCGAGCAUCGACGCGCUCGCCGCGCCGCAAAGUCACCCACAACGGAUAAGACGGCCGCCGCCCACGGCCUUCGUCGACCCGCUCGCGGCGGCGAAGGCGGCCGCGGCCGACGCCGCGGCCGCGGAGGACGAGCGCCUCGACCACCUGGACGGCUUCUCGGACGAGGGCGGCGACGACGACGACGUUACUGUGGAGGAGGAGGAGGACGACGAGCCCGAGGACUUCGCCGCGGAGGCGGCCGCCGCGGACGCCGUGGCGGCGGACGCGCGGCACGCGGCGACGCCGACGGAGCCCAAGACGCCGCGGGAGCUGCGCCGCGAGCGGCGCGCGCGGCGACCGCCGGGUGCGCCGGUGAGGCUCGAGCGCCCGCCGCCGCGCGCGGCGCCGCGGGUUGAAUCGCCGCGGCGCCGCACGUCGAGCGUCGGCUCCGCCGGAGGUUUUUCGGAAGACGAGGCCGACGCGGCGCCGCCGGAGGUGCCGCCGCCUUUUGAUGAUGAGGCCGCUCUGUCUAAAAACGCGGCGGUCGUGUGUGAGGGCGCCUCCCUUGAGACGGCGCGCAUGUGCCUGCUGCCGUCGCACCGGAUCUUGGUGAGACAGCGGCCGUUCGUCGCGAGGGACGAAACGCCGGUCACCGUCGAGGCGGCGCGGGCGCUGGAGGCGCAGCGUCGCCUGGAACGCCGGCCGGCGCCGCAAGCGGCGCGGACGGGCGCGGCCCCGGGCGACUGCGCGGGCCACGUCCAGGAGCUGAUCCUCGAGUCGCGGGGCGACGACGUCGAGGCGGCGUUGGAUUUAUUGAUCGAACGCGGGUCGGACGACGCGCGUUCGAUUAACGCGCUGGUCUGCUGCGCCCUACGGGCGGGCGCGCUCACGCAAAGUCUCGUGGCGCGCCUCGAGGCGUGGCUGCGGCUCCCCGGGUGUCAGAGCGGCGCCGUCGCGACGGCCGUGCUGCAGGCGCGGUGCGUCGGAGCCAAGGCGCUGGGCGGCGCGCGGCUUCUUUACGAAGACGACACGGAGUCGUCGGACGGCGACGAGCCGCUCGGCGCUUUGGAUGAGGCGUGCGACUGGGCCGCGUUCGAGGAGGCGGGCGGUUGUUUUGAGCUCGCGUUCCCCGUCGCUUUUGACGAGGACGGUGACGACGGCUGGCGCUGGGACGAGGCGGCCGCUUUAUGUUUUGUCUCGAAGCACGCCACGACCCUGCGCUACGACGCAUCUCUAGAAGCCGUCGCGCGGCGCGACUUCCGGCGCGCCGCUGCUGCUAUUUUGCGGGCGGCGCACCGCGACGGCGUCGUGGCGGCCUCGUGCCGGGCGCUCGACGCGCUCUUGGAGUCGGGCGCGGCGCCCGCGCGCGCGCUCGCGCCGCGGACGCGUGGCGACCUCGCGUCGCCGCGCGCGCCGCUAGUCCUCGCGUUCCUCCGGGCGGACGCGCUGGCGCGGCGCGGCGCGCUCGUCGACGGCGUGCCGGGCUCGCUGCGCGCGGUCGUGCCCGUCGCCGCCGUGCGCGCGCGCGACGACGUCCUCGAGCGGCCGCGGUGGAGGCCCUGGGACGACGGCGUGGAGGCCUGGUUGUUGGCCUCGUCUUCUUCUGCUGCCGAGUUUUAAUUGUUGUGGUUGUUUUAUAGUGGGAGGGAGCGUGGUGGGGGGUGGAGCGUGGGAGAUGGUUCCUGACGUGGUAGGGUUCCUAAUUGGGGGGGAGGAGUAGGACGGGCCGCGGGC